UGAAAGAGUGUGUGAAUACCGUUGCUGAGAAAAUUUUUUCAGAUGCUGUAGAAGAAGAAAAAAAGAAACAUGUAAAAAAUACAAUUUAGAUUAUACAAAUGAACUAACUGUAUCGGGAGACGGAACGUGGCAAAAGCGUAGUUUUAAUUCAUUGUUUGGUGUAGCAUCAUUAAUUGGCUAUUAUAGUAAUAAAAUUAUUGAUGUAUGCGUAAAAAGUAUCUACUGUAAAAUGUGUGAAGUUUGGAGUAAAAAAAUGAAUGUCAAAGAGAAUGAAUACAAAGAAUGGUACGAAACACAUAAGGAAAAUUGCUCCGCAAAUCAUACAGGUUCCUCUGGCAAAAUGGAAGUGGAUGCGGUAAUAGAAAUGUUUAACCGUUCUGAGGAAAAAUACGGUGUAAAAUAUCGUUAUUAUAUCGGAGACGGAGACUCGAAAACAUUUACUGGAAUAUUACAAAAAGUUGAUAAUGGCAAUGAUUUUGAAAUUUUCAAGAAAGAAUGUGUUGGGCAUGUCCAAAAAAGAAUGGGAGCUCGCCUCCGUAAUAUCGUCAAUAACACUGUCGUUGAAGUUGAAACGAAAAAUAAGAAAAGAAUAAAAAGAAAAGUUUUGGGAGGAAAAGGCAAAUUAACCGGAAAAACGAUAGACAAGCUCACGGUUUAUUACGGACUAGCAAUUCGACGUAAUUGUGAGAAUAUUGAGGACAUGAAAAAAGGUAUUUGGGUCACAUUUUACCACUACGCUUCUACAAAUGAAAAUCCUCAACACGAUAUGUGUCCAGUUGGCGAAGAUUCUUGGUGUGAGUGGCAGCGUGAUGCAGCCAUGGACAAGCUUCAAUCGUUCGUGCACUCAUAUGACAGUUUUAGUAAUGUCAUAUUGCAAGCAAUUCGACCUGUUUACGAAGAUUUGAGCUCGGAUACCUUACUAAAAAGAUGUAUUGGCGGCUUCAACCAAAACAACAAUGAGAGCUAUAAUCAGUUGAUUUGGAAAAUUACGCCAAAAAUUGUUCCAAGUGGCUCUACAAUAGUAGAUAUUGCUGCUAAAAUUUCAGCGUGUGUUUUUAACGAAGGAUCAUCGAGUCAUCUAGCUAUUCUUUAUUCAAUGAGAGUGAAAUUAGGACGUAAUUCUGUCGAUUAUUGCCGAAAAUUGGACGAAAAACGAAUUAACGCCGCCGAGUACAGAGCGAAACUCGCUACACGGGAGGCAAGAAUCCUACAAAGGCAGAAAAAUUCUGAACAAUUGGACAUUCUGGAAGGCGUCGAGGACUUAUUUUAUGGUCCUGGAAUAGACGAUUCUGUAUAAUCCUGCCCAAGAUAUGAUGUCCACGAGAAUGCAUCUUUUUUUUACGAUUCGCAUUUACGUCAUCGCUAAAACUUAUAUUAUUAUUAUUAUUGGCUAAA